GUGGCUCUGCUCUCUUGUUUAAUCUCUAAGAGAGACACAAAGCACACACAGGUCGCUCAAUAGUCAUGAGGAACCUGCUCACCACACAGGACCAGAACUUCUACCGCGAGCUGAUCCUGAAGGAGGCCUACACACGACUGGCAUGGAAGAUGAAAUACAGCCAGGAAUAUCCCAGCAGCUCCACGGCUCGCCAAUUCAAAUCCAUUGGACUUUUCAAUCCUCCCUCUGUCAGUAAACUCACACUGCCUCCUGUGGUCCAGAAACCAAAAACCCCUGUGGUGACCCAGCGGACCCUGAGCGAGACGCCCCUGAUGAGACCCAUAAGCCCACACAUUAAAGCAUCUCUGUACGACGGAUUCUCUCAUGAAGGCAAAGGACGACAGCUGUACCUGAAGAAACGUAGCAAACAAGGUCCUGAAGAGAAAUUCGAAUAUCCAAUUUUGUCUUCUUGGGAUUAUGGAUGGAGGUUAGGUGACUAUGACUCCGACUGCAAGACGCCGGCCAACGGAAGAUCUGAGAUCGUAAGGAACACUUUCUAUGCCAGGAAUGGCAUUUUUAAUAUUCCCUUGGCAACAGAUCGGCUCGGAUAAAAUGCCCCUGGACUAUUUCAUCCACUCCAGACCUGGAAAACAAAAUUUCAAGUUCCCA